GUACCUACCGCUUACCUGGCUGCUGCGCUCGCAUCGCCCGGCCCUAUUGUUUUCGUGCGUCGAGUGAUCUAUUACGUCAUCGUCAUAGGCCGGCUUGGUUACAUUUACGUAUCAUUUAUUUUAUUUUUCUUUUCGUAUAUUUUUAGUUUAUCAUAGUCAAUCAUUUUUAAGUUUAUUUAGUAAAUUGUUUAAGUGAUAUUUAUAAUGUCACACACCUCAGAUCGAUCUGUGAGAACACCUUUAGAGAACAUUAAAUUAGAUGUUCCAACUAUGAAUCCUAGUAAUAUAAAGGAUCUCAUUACCAAACGAAGUUCAAUUAAAGGUCGCAUAACAAAAUACAGUAAUUUUUUAACUAAAUUUAUUGAUUCGACAUCACUUACGCGCCGCUCAGAUUUGCUUAUGUUAACACAGAGAUUUGAGAGAUUUAAAGACUUAAUGUCCAUUUUUGAUGAUUGUCAAUCACAAAUUGAAUUUGUGAAUUCAAAUAGUUUGGAAUCGGAACUUGAUACAAGAGAGGAAAUCGAAACUGAUUUUUCUACUCUUAUUGCUAAGACUCAAGUAAUUUUAGAGAAAAAUCAGAUUGUAGAUGAUUAUAAAUCGAUUCACUCUGGAUCGAGUUCAGAUUGUAAUAAGUCAUGUGGUCAUAAUAAGAGCUUUCACUUUAAACUUCCCACUCUAAAAAUUGGGAGCUUUGAUGGGACUUAUUUUAAAUGGAUUGAGUUCAGAGACACAUAUACUUCGCUUAUACAUAACAAUGAUAAUAUUGACCCUAUCCAUAAAUUUCAUUAUCUAAAUUCUUACCUAGAGGGUGAAGCCUCUCGUGUCAUUAGUAAUUUGGAAGUUAGUGCUGUCAAUUACAAAGAAGCUUGGCAUCUCCUAUGUGAGAGAUACAACAACGAGAAGCAGUUAAUACACAAUCAUUUAAACUCUUUAUGUAAUAUUCGGCCUAUCACUCGCGACUCUGCCAAGGGAAUAAGGUUUUUAAUUGACCAUGUAUCAAAGAAUUUGCGCGCUCUUAAUAAUCUAGGUGAACCAACUCAGUCCUGGGAUACUCUUGUCAUCCAUUUAGUCUCAGCAAAACUCGACGGCAGUACUAGUAUUAAAUGGGAGGAACAUAAAAAUAGUUUUGAGAAAUCGCCUUCUUUAAAUGAUUUUUUUAAUUUUCUUAAGCGUCGAGCAGAUGUUUUAGAAUCAUUUAAUCACAUCAAGCCUGAUCGUGUAGAUCAAGUAAAGGUAGAUCAUAAUUCAUCUUUUAAUCAAAAUAGAAGAUCUCACUCCAAAUCUUUUGUGGUUUCAGCUAAAACCCAAGCCUCUGCUUCUUCACCUUCGUGUAUCCUCUGCCGCGGUAGCCAUCGUUUGUAUGAUUGUGCAUCGUUCCUAUCCAAGCCAGUAGAGGACAGAAUCGCUGAAGCAUCAAGGUUAAAGGUUUGCCUUAAUUGUUUACGUAAGGGACACUCAUCACAUCAAUGCAGAUUAAGUCGUUGUUCUAUUUGUGAGAGACGUCAUAAUACCUUACUACAUAGGGAGUCUUCUCAACCUGUAAACUCAUCUCAGGUACAUGCAGUUACUUCUAAUACUGAAACUGCCUUAUCUGCAACCGGACAUAAUUCUGAAAGCAGUAUAUGUGGCUUCACAAAUCAUUUUUGUAGUAACAAUGCCUUGCUAUCUACAGCUUUGAUAGAAGUACAGAAUCCAACCACGAAUAAGUCUAUUACAGUUCGAGCCUUGUUGGAUAGCGGAAGUCAGUCUUCUCUUAUUACAAAAAGAAUGACAAACUUAUUGCAAUUAACUUCUCUGCCAAUCCGGGUUGAUAUAUUAGGCGUUGGUAAUUUAUUUUCUUCUAAUGCGUUAGAACGUUGUAUAGUUAACGUAAAAUCUAAAUAUAAAAAUUUUAAAACACAAUUAUCAUGUCUUGUACUUCCACAAAUUACUAGCAAUAUACCUAAUAAAACAUUUGAUAUUUCUCAACUUCACUUGCCUUCUAAUAUACAAUUUGCAGACCCUAACUUUAAUCGAUCUGCACCCAUAGACAUGCUAUUGGGCACUGAUAUCUUUUGGGACCUGAUUGAAUCUCAACAAAUUAAACUUGGUCCAAAUAAACCAAUAAUUCGAAAAUCCAAACUUGGUUGGAUAUUAGCAGGUCCAAUGUAUACCAGGAACACUAAUUCAGUAUUUUGUAAUCUUGCUAUUGAACAUAAAGAUAUUAGUAAUGAUCGUUUAAAUGAAACAGUAAAGAUGUUUUGGGAGUUGGAACAGAUUCCGACAGCUAAUAAUAAAAGAACUGAGGAGGAAAUAUUAUGUGAACAACAUUUUUGUAAAAAUACAUAUAGAAAUAAGGACGGUAGAUUUUGUGUUAAAUUGCCCCUUAUUACUGCACCAGACUGUUUGGGAGAUUCAUUCAGAUCAGCCAAAAGACAAUUUUUAGCUUUAGAAAAACGAUUCGUGAAAAAUCCAAUACUCAAUCAAUCUUAUUCAGAAUUUAUUAAGGAGUAUGCAGACUUAGGACAUUUGACGGAAUCGCCUGUUUUUAUUCCGAAUCAAUCCUUUUUUAUUCCUCAUCAUGCAGUAUUUAAGCCAUCUAGUGAAUCUACUAAGCUACGCGUUGUAUUCAACGGUAGCGCUAAAACUACAUCUGGUUAUUCUAUUAAUGAUAUACAAAUGACUGGACCUUACAUUCAAGAUUCUCUAUUUAAUAUUUUAAUUAGGUUUCGUCAAUACACAUAUGUACUGUCAGGCGAUAUUGCAAAAAUGUACAGGCAAAUAGAAAUUCAGGACAGUGAUCGAAAUUUACAAAUGAUAUUAUGGCGUUUCAAUGAAAAUGAACCACUGAAAUCUCUUAGACUUAAUACUGUAACUUAUGGUUACACUAGUAGUAGCUUUUUAAGUACACGUUGUUUGUGGCAGUUAGGCGAGCAAUGUGAUAAUCUAAAUAUAAAAUUAAUAAUACAAAAUGAUUUUUUGGUUGAUGAUUUGUUAACUGGUAGUGAUAAUAUAGAUGAACUAGUGUAUAUUAAGAAGUCGGUGGAAAGCGCUCUUUCCUCUGGUUGCUUUAGCUUACGCAAAUAUCGUUCAAACUUACCGUCUAUUUUGGUCGAUUCACAGAACGACCAAAAGGAUUUAAUUAUCAGUUCAUCAUCUCACACAUUAGGUAUAGGGUGGAAUCCUAACAAAGAUUAUAUACAUUUUCCAACUAAUUAUUUAAAUUCAAAGGACAUUCCAACUAAGAGAUCUAUAUUGUCAGAUUCAUGUAAAGUUUUUGAUCCUCUUGGUUUGUUGAGUCCAAUUACUAUUAAACCAAAAAUCUUAAUCCAACGAUUAUGGUUGGAUAACAUUGGCUGGGAUGAUCCCGCUCCAAAGGAUAUAGCUAAAUUAUGGCAAGAAUUUAUUUAUAAUAUAAAAUAUAUACAAGACAUACGUAUUCCAAGGCAUGCUUUGUGCGAAUCCCCUGUAGAUGUUGAACUCCAUUGUUUCUGUGACGCGUCAGAGUCAGCAUAUGCUGCUUGCAUUUAUCUUCGGUCUAUAAAUAAGCAAGGUGAUAUAACUGUUCAUCUCUUAUGUGCUAAGGCUAGGGUAACUCCGGUAAAACCGUUAACUGUCCCGCGUCUCGAACUAAGUGCAUGUCUGUUAGGUGCACAACUUACAAGCGCUGUUUGUUUUGCUUUACGAUGUGUAAUUACGCGUAAGAUAUUUUGGACUGAUUCGUCCAUAGUAUUGGCUUGGUUAGGUACGAGAUACGACAAACUAAAAACUUUCGUGGCGAACAGAGUCAGUGCCAUUCUUGAUUUAACUAGUACCGCUGAUUGGCGUCAUAUUUCUACAACAUUAAAUCCAGCUGAUUUAGCUUCACGUGGUGCCAAUGCGGAAGAAAUUCUUAAUUUUGAUUUAUGGUGGCAUGGUCCUUCAUUUUUGCGUAAACAUGUUUCUUUAUGGCCCACUUCUAUUCCAACAGGGAUACAGGUUAACAAUUUGCCUGAAAUAAAGGUGAAUGUUAGCAUGUGUAAUGAAAGUGCAGAAUCAAUAAUAGAUUUUGAUCGAUUUUCAAAUUUUAAUCGUCUACAACGUACUUUCGCAUAUUUGUUUCGAUUCAUACAUAAUUGUAGAUACCCUUCAAAUAAGCAGAUUGGUAUUUUACAACCUGAACACUUAAAUUACUCGUUUGAAUUUUUAGUUAAAGUAGCUCAGGAACAAAGUUUUCCUAAUGAAAAAACAUUAUUACGAAACAAUAAAUUUCUUAGUUCUAAAAAUUAUCUAUGUUCACUGAGUCCUUUUAUAGACAGUAAUGGUAUCCUGCGAGUAGGCGGACGUUUGAAUUAUUCUUGCUACACAUUUGAUAAACGUCAUCCUAUGUUACUUCAUGCUAAGCAUAGACUUACCAAGUUGUUUUUUCAGCGGGAACAUAUACGUCUUCUUCAUGCUGGUCCUCAGCUACUUCUGUCCUCGGUUAGAGAAUCUGUCUGGCCUAUAGCUGGUAGAGAUUUAGCGCGUACUGUAGCUAGACAGUGCACUGUAUGUAGAAGAGCAAGCGGUAGAACACCAACACCAUUAAUGGGUGCACUACCCAAGCAACGCGUAAAUCCAGAUUUUCCUUUCAUUAGUACUGGUGUCGAUUUUGCUGGACCAUUCUUUAUAAGCAACAGAAAGGGUAAAGGUUCUCGAAUAACAAAAUGUUAUCUAUGCGUUUUUGUGUGUCUUAGAUACAAGUGUCUGCACUUGGAAGCCGUGAGUGAACUUUCUAAAGAUGCGUUCAUAUUAUCACUGCGUCGUUUUAUCUCUCGCAGAGGUAAGCCUUUAGAUAUAUUUUGCGAUAAUGGUCGCAAUUUUGUGGCAGCUUCUAAAGAAAUUAGACAGUUUAUUAGCGCCAAUACUGAUGACAUUUCUGAUUUUUCUUCCAAAGAAGGUAUUAAAUUUCAUUUUCAACCAGCUUAUGCUCCGCAUUUCGGGGGUUUAUUUGAAGCAGGCGUGAAGUCAGCAAAAUAUUAUUUAAAGAGGAUUUUAGGUAACUCUCAUCUCACAUUUGAAGAAUUGGCAACGUUGUUUAGUCAAAUUGAGGCAAUUCUUAACAGUAGACCCCUAUAUCCCUUGUCGUCCUGUCCCGAUGACCUUCAACCCUUAACCCCAGGGCACUUCCUUAUUGGAAGACCACUUUUGUCGUUACCGACACCUAGUUUGCAGGAUAAAAACAUAAACCGUUUAAACAGUGUUCAACGGUUGGAGCUUUUACGGCAGCAAUUUUGGAAACGCUGGCAGUUAGAAUAUGUGUCCGAAUUGCAGCAAAGGCAGAAAUGGCGGAUCCCAGAUAGACAGCUUCAAAUAAAUGAUUUGGUGCUGUUAAAGGAAGAUAACUCCCCUCCCAUGUGCUGGAGAAUGGGUCGCAUCUGCUCUCUGUUUCCAGGUCAAGAUGGAGUGGUGCGCGUUGUUGAAAUUAAAACUGCAGCAGGCAAUUUCCGACGUGCUGUAAAGUAUAUCUGUCCAUUGAUGGAGCCAUCAGAGGAGACUUCAUUGGAAGCCGAUGCUUCCAAGGCCCCGGAGGAUGUCGGCGCACAACACUAGCGAUCGGCUCGCUGUAGGUCCAAUCCGGUUGAGGUUGGCUCGCCUGUACCCUUUUCGACGUCCACUACAUAUGACGUGCGCAUAAAAUUUAUUUGUAACUUUUUAAAAUAUAAUCAUUUAAAAUUGGAGUCAGAUUAUCAUUCAUAUCCACCUCGGAA